AUGCCACGCACACAGCAAAAGGGCAAGGGGAGGAAGGGCGUUGCGAGUCGCGCGCAGAGGCACGCUCGCGAAACCACAUCUCGUCGUCAGGCGAGAGCGAGGCCAGUUGCCACGGGUUGCCGCCGCGAGAUCAGAGAUGAGAGCGGCAGCGAGGAUGGCAGCGAGGAUGGCAGCGAGGAGAGCGGCGCUGAGGAGAGCGUCGUUGAGGAGAGCGGUGCUGAUGCGGGCAACGAUGACGAAUUCACGUUGCCCAGUCUCCCGGGCCCAAGGCGCGUGCCCGAGCUGCCCUCAGCCGUGUGCUCAGCGCUCGAGGAGUGGCUCAGGAACAUCCGAGAGCGUCAUUCCCUCUCAUCCAAGAGACUCCCCAAGGAGCUCAAUGCAGGGGAAUACGCUAGGGUGACAGAGCUGGUGAGCGACCCGCUCUGGCAGGCAGAUGAUACUGCCCAGCUAGACCAGCAGGCGAACGCCUACGUCCAAUUCCUUGCUGGCCACAGGCGUCAACCGGAAUUGGAGACCAUGUGGCGUCUUGUGCCGCGGUUUAUGCGCUGCCUGCCACCUGCGCUGUUCGAAGACCGGAACCUCGAGUACGACUCGAGCGGCAACCCGCAGCUGCUCCUGCUCGUCGUCCAUCCCUUCUUCCAGGGAUCGCCCGCGCUGCUCGCUGUCGUCCUGCAGUACGCGGCCAAGCUGCGGACCAACGACCAUCGCCGAUGGCCAGUUCAUACCGAGGUGCGCAAGGCGUUGAGAGAACAGGGGAAGCUCCUGCCCCCCAUAUCCACCUUGUUGCGCGAGAUGGAGAAGAACAUCCGAGUCUCGGCCACUCCGUCCGCUGCCUCCUCUGACUCCUUCGCUCCGUAUCCGGUAGCGUUGGCCGAUGUCAAGGCAGCCAUCCAUGCCCUGAAUGAGCUCCACAUUCGCGGUGCCCCGGCGUUUGGUGUACCGGCAGAGCUCAACUACAAAUGGGUACAAUCGAACAUUCACUCCCACGACCCGCCGAAGGGCUGGGAAGGUGUGAUCGAGGCCAUGGAGCGUGCCCAUAAGCGCUCUCUGCAGGCCAAGAUCUUGGCUGAGCGACGGCUGCCGCCUCCGUCGAGCGCACUGCCUGCGCCGCCUCUGCCUGCUGUUACCGGCAGUGAGGGCCCCGCGAUUCAGCGGAGUGCUGAUCCCUUCGCUGAGCGGCCUCCGCACGGAGGUACGCCAUCCCCUGCUAUUGCAGGUAGCGGCGUGGACGGGAUGCGGCAGGGCGACACCGAGCUCUCGCCGGAUACUGUGAUGCUGGAAGGCCCUGACCUGCUCCCAUUGGAGGAUGAGUAUGUGUUUCACUUCCAUCCUGAUCCCAAUGGGGAAGAGGUUGUUGUUGGGCGCGAUCUGGCUGGGCGUCAGCAGGAGGAGAUCUUGGAGGAGAAGGAGGAGGAAGAAGGGGGAAAGACAGAGGAAGAGAAUGAGGAUGAUGUAGUGUUGGGGUAUAGAUAUGCUGGAAAAUAA